AAUUUGGGAGGAGUGUCCGGGGGGCAGCAACUUAAAAGGGGGAGGGAACUGCGGCUGAGGAGACGUUCGGUGAUGGGAGCGCAAUGUAUGAGGGGAUACUGUGCCUCAGGUUUAAAAGAGCAGGAAGCUGAGUGAGAGGUUGGAGGAAAAGUGUCUUCUCUAGGCGGAGGUUACAGGUGGUGUCUCAGCAAAGCGCUCAGAGGCUGCACGCUGUAGUCGGGAAGAGGAUCGGAGAACUGUGGAAGGGACAGUUUAGGGGCUAGCGUCCUGGGGCGAGGGAGAAGUUCGUGACUUUUUGGGGACUGGCAGGAAUGUGCCUCCUGACCCUCGGUGCUUCCCCCCUGGGGGGAGGCAUGGUGAGGGACUGUGGCAGGCUCUACUGAACGCUGAGUCGCGGAGGUCCAACUCCACGUAUGGAUCCAGGGAAUAAGAAUUCAGCCACAGAGGCUGCUGCGGUCAUAGACCUCGAUCCCGACUUCGAACCCCAGAGCCGUCCCCGUUCCUGCACCUGGCCCCUUCCUAGACCAGAGCCCACUACCAAGCCCUCCGAACCGCCCGAGGUGGAGCCAGGUCUGGGAGAGAAGGUACACACGGAGGGGCACUCAGAGCCGAUCCUGUUGCCCUCGCGGCUCCCAGAGCCGGCAGGGGGCCUCCGGCCGGGGAUCCUGGGCGCUGUAACAGGUCCUCGGAAGGGAGGCUCCCGCCGGAAUGCCUGGGGAAAUCAGUCAUAUGCAGAACUCAUCAGCCAGGCCAUUGAGAGCGCCCCGGAGAAGCGACUGACACUCGCCCAGAUCUAUGAGUGGAUGGUCCGCACGGUGCCCUACUUCAAGGACAAGGGUGACAGCAACAGCUCAGCAGGAUGGAAGAAUUCCAUCCGCCACAACCUGUCCUUGCACAGCAAGUUCAUCAAGGUUCACAAUGAGGCCACCGGCAAGAGCUCUUGGUGGAUGCUGAACCCCGAAGGAGGCAAGAGUGGCAAGGCACCCCGCCGCAGGGCUGCCUCUAUGGAUAGCAGCAGCAAGCUGCUCCGGGGCCGCAGCAAAGCCCCCAAGAAGAAACCAUCCGUGCUGCCAGCUCCACCCGAAGGUGCCACUCCAACGAGCCCUAUCGGCCACUUCUCCAAGUGGUCAGGCAGCCCUUGCUCUCGAAAUCGUGAAGAAGCCGAUAUGUGGACCGCCUUCCGUCCACGAAGCAGUUCAAAUGCUAGCACUGUCAGCACCCGCCUGUCCCCCAUGAGGCCAGAGUCUGAGGUGCUGGCAGAGGAGGAGAUACCAGCCUCAGUCAGCAGCUAUGCAGGGGGUGUCCCUCCUACCCUAAAUGAAGAUCUCGAGCUGCUAGAUGGGCUCAAUCUCACAUCUCCCCAUUCCCUGCUAUCUCGGAGCAGUCUCUCUGGCUUCUCUUUGCAGCAUCCUGGGGUUCCUGGCCCCUUACACACCUAUGGCGCCUCUCUCUUCGGCCCAGCAGAGGGGCCCAUGUCAGCAGAAGGGUGCUUCUCAAGCUCCCAGUCUCUGGAGGCCCUGCUCACCUCUGAUACUCCACCACCCCCAGCUGAUGUCCUCAUGACCCAGGUAGAUCCUAUUCUAUCCCAGGCUCCCACACUUUUGUUGCUGGGGGGGAUGCCUUCCUCCAGUAAGCUGGCCACAGGAGUUGGCUUAUGCCCUAAGCCCCUAGAGGCUCCAGGCCCGAGCAGUCUGGUUCCCACCCUUCCUAUGAUGGCACCACCUCCAGUCAUGGGAGGUGCUCCCAUCCCCAAGGCUCUGGGAACUCCUGUGCUCACACCUCCUACUGAAGCUUCAAGCCAAGACAGAAUGCCUCAGGAUUUAGAUCUUGAUAUGUAUAUGGAGAACCUGGAGUGUGACAUGGAUAACAUCAUCAGCGACCUCAUGGAUGGGGGUGAAGGACUGGACUUCAACUUUGAACCAGAUCCCUGAGUCAUGGCUGAAAGCUUUGUCCCCUGCUUCAGAGGUGGAGCUAGGCGUGUCUAUAUCCACUCUUUUCCCUUGAGUCCUCCCCAGGAAUUUGGGGCCCCUGCUUUAGAGCUAGGAUGGGGUCUAAUCACACACACACAGAGACACACACACAGACACACACACAGACACACACACACACACACAGUCGAGGAAAUUAAAAAGAUAAAGCUACCCGGAUGGGGAAUAUGGGGGGAGGGGGUUUGGGAGGGGGAAAGGGAAGAGGGUUUAUUCUCACUGUGCCAAUUAGGGGGUAAGGCCCUUUCUCAGGAGCCAUCCUCAGCUUCCCCCCAUACCCACUCCUAGGCUUUGUAGCAGGGGCCAGCAAUGCUGUUGGAAAUGUGAAGUCACCAGUGGCCUUACCCCUGCCUUUGGGAGCAGGAAUUUUUUGUAGAGAGUCUUAUCUGAGCUGGGCCAGGCAAGGUUGAGCCUGGAGAUUUUAUGCAGCGGCCCCUUGGGCCAGUGGUGUGGGGUGGGUGGGGGGAACAGGGGACCUAGAAGGGCCAAGGUCUGAGCACUGGAGUGGCUCACCAGGCCAAUCACCUUUGGAAGGCUACAGAUAACAGAAAGGCUUUUUAUAAACUUUUAAAGAAAUAUAAACACAAAUAUAGAGAUUUUUAACAGUGGCAAGGUGCUAGUGAUUGGGGAGAGUGCUUUUUUUUUCUUUUUCUUUCUUUCUGAAGGCUUUGUCAUAGUGACAUGAUGCAAACACUACAGACAAUACUACAGGAGACAUGGGGAAGUUGGGGAGAAGUGGGGAGCAAUAGUGAACAUGGAUGGAUUAGAGCUCCCAUUUGGACCAGGUCUAGUGAAGGAUCUAUGCAUAAAUACGUUGGAGUUUUCCCCAGGGAAAAACCUAAACCAUGUUCCCUUGUCUGUCAACUUGUGCCUGGGAGAGUGUGGUAUUGGGGUACAGCCACACUCUUGUAUGCCCCAGUGUGGGUUUGUGCUAUACUGAGGGAGAAAGAAUUGAAGGCCUGGAAUUAGCUUGGGGCCUGGGAGGGGGCCGGAGGGGGGAGAAGAGAAGGAGGGAAGGAUUUAGGGUGGUAAAGUUAGGUACAGAGACCUCCCUGUUUAAGGCCCCUGACAGCUGUCCCUGCCCUUCUUCCCCUUCCCUGACUACAGGGGUUAUGUGGAAGUGUGUGUGGUAGCAGGCAGGGGGAGGGGAGGAACUGGGAAGGGGGAGCUGGGGAGCUUGGCUGAGGGUCUGGGAAAUGAGCAGGGAUGGGGGGAAUGUGGAUCAGGUUUACUAGCACCUGCCAGGGAGGCCAUCUGGGGCUCCUUCUCCACCCCAGCCCCCAAAGCAGCCCCUCCCCCAGUGCCCUUUGCAUUGUCCCCUCCCCCACCCCUGCUGUGGGUUCCCAUCAUUUCCUGUGUCAGCGCCUGGCCUACCCAGAUUGUAUCAUGUGCUAGAUUGGAGUGGGGAAGUGUGUCAAAUCAAUAAAUGAAUAAAUUCAAUAAAUGCCUAUAACCAGC